UUUCCCAAGAGAUAAAUUGCUGCAUUUCGCCUUCUUGGGUUCCCAUAUACCCUUCUCUCUCGAUAAUGGAGUGGCCGAGGAUCUGCUUUGACUGAUACUCUUCGCCAUUCAUCUGCCCUCUGCAAUUUCAAGUUUCAAUCUUUCAGGAUUGUGGCAUAUCAGCACAAGUGUUGUGCUACAUUGAAGCAUAGGGGUAGGCCACUGGGCCAAAGAGACUAAGAAAUGGAAAACUAUGAAAUACUGGAGCAUAUAGGGAAAGGUUCUUUUGGUUCUGCACUGCUUGUGAGGCACAAGUUAGAAAAGAAGAAGUAUGUUUUGAAGAAAAUACGCCUUGCUCGUCAGACUGAGAGAACACGUAGAUCUGCCCACCAAGAGAUGGAGCUGAUUGCCAGAGCAAGAAAUCCAUACAUUGUGGAGUACAAAGAUUCUUGGGUCGAAAAGGGCUGCUAUGUUUGCAUCAUAAUAGGGUAUUGUGAAGGCGGAGAUAUGGGAGAUGUCAUCAAAAGAGCAAAGGGAGCUCUUUUCUCCGAGGAGAAGCUUUGUAAGUGGCUGGUUCAACUGUUGAUGGCUCUUGAUUACUUGCAUUCAAACCAUAUUCUUCACCGUGAUGUUAAGUGCUCAAAUAUAUUUCUGACGAAAGAUCACAAUAUACGCCUAGGUGAUUUCGGUCUUGCAAAGAUUUUGUCUUCCGGUGAUCUUACUACUUCUGUGGUAGGCACUCCAAGUUACAUGUGCCCUGAGCUUCUUGCCGAUUUACCUUAUGGUUCAAAGUCAGACAUCUGGUCUUUGGGCUGCUGCUUGUAUGAAAUGACUGCUCACAGGCCCGCAUUCAAGGCAUUUGAUAUGCAAGGUUUGAUUAAUAAAAUAAAUAAAUCUAUAGUCGCUCCACUGCCAACCGUAUAUUCCGGUGCACUUCGGGGGCUGAUUAAGAGUAUGCUGCGAAAAAAUCCUGAACUUAGACCAAGUGCUGCAGAAUUACUGAGACACACGCAUCUUCAGCCUUAUGUCUUGAAGGUUCAUAUGAAGUUGGAAAGCCCUAGACGUCACAUUGGUUUGAAGUAUGUAACGAGAACAAGAUUUGUAGAGCCUGAAACUGUUCCCGGGCUUACUGAUGGAGAGAGGAGAUCAUUUUACAGUGAUAGGGGAUUGAAUCCUAGUAUAUCCGGAGCUGAAUUGGACACCCCCCGGUUGUCUCUAGGAGCUCAAGAUCUUAUUAGUUCUCUGAGGAUAAAUUUCUCCGAGCCAUCAGUUGGAAGUACUGAUGAUGACAUAGGUAUUAGAAAGUCCGCUAUCCCAAGAUUAAGUUCUCGUAAAACAUCAGCCACUACUCGGGGACAGUCAAAUCCAUUAAGGAUAUCCAAUCCUGGUUCAACUUGUGAAUUGCUUCCAGUGUCGCAUACUCCAGCCAACAAACCUUCCCAGUCAACACGGAGGGCGUCUCUGCCAUUGUCUACUAGAACUGCAAAGGUGGAACAACCUUGUAAACCUAGUAUUGGUCUGCUUCACAGUCUAGAUUCUCUGGAUGUUUCUAUGAAUGCUCCACGAAUCGACAAAAUGGUCGAGUUUCCCUUGGCUUCCUCGGAGGACGCUCCUUUCCCGAUCCACAGAACCCAAUCCACAUUUACCCGGAGCUCCUCUCCCUCCCCACAGAGCGGGGACUGCUCAAUCACGAAAGACAAGUGUACAGUACAGACACUCGACAGCGCCUUCCCCAAGCCAACACACGCUGUUGAUCAUUCUCAUGAGAUUCCUCAAAACGAAAGCGAAGGCUCGGAAUACAAUCAAACCACCACCGGUGGGGCAUCGAGCCGCUCAUCCUCGGAUUCAAGGCAACGCAGGUUUGAUACCUCUUCUUACAAGCAACGGGCCGAAGCCUUGGAAGGGUUGCUGGAGUUUAGUGCACAACUUUUGCAGCAAGAUCGAAUCGAUGAGCUCUCUGUGUUGCUGAAGCCUUUUGGACCAGAAAAGGUGUCUCCCAGGGAAACAGCCAUUUGGCUGACAAAGAGUUUCAAGGAGAACACAUCUUAACCCCUUUACAAUGUCUUUGUUUGUUGCUUGUAUCAAACCCUCUGAGGCAUACAUUUUGGUUACUUAUUGUAGUGAACAAGUAAAAGAAGAGAACAUGAAUUGCUUGUUCUUGGAAAUGCAAAGUGUACAAAACUUCCCACAAUUUUCUUGUGUUUCUUAA